AUGGUAAAACUAUCAGGGAUAAUUUUGCUUUCAUUAGUUUGGUUGAAAUUAAAUAAUUCUUAUGAAAUAAGAGAAAGAAUAUCAAAUAAAAAUAACCCAGAUGAUGAUAUAUUAAAAAUAAAUGUAGAAGAAGAUAAAAAAAAAAUAUGUAAUAAUAUUUUGAUAUUCUUAAAUGCCGAUGAUAUAUUAACAGAAAAUAAUAAAUAUUCAUUUAUGGGAAAAUGUGAGAAAUUAAUUGAUGAUAUAAAAAAUGAAAAUAAUUCCCCAGAUAUUACAAAUGAGUUUGCUUUAAGUUUAAUGCACAUGCGUUCUAAGCAUACAAUAACAUCAAGUAUUAAUAAUAAUAAAGCAUUGAAAAAUAUAAUCAUAAGUUUAGAUAAAUCAAUGUCUGAACCUGAAGUUAUAAACAGAGUAAAACAUAUAAUACGAUUUAAUAAAUAUUUAGCUGGAAAAUUAAGUUACAAAAAUAUUGGUGAAUCAUUAGUUUUAAGAGUAAGCAGCCAUGAAAGAAUGAGGCGAUCAAAAAGGGAACUCGUAAGAAAUAUAUUAAAAGAUUUUCAUAUUUAUGGAUUAUAUUUUGAUUUAAAAUCUGAAAAUUCUACACUAUUAAAAAACCAAGAAUCCGAAUCACUUAUAAAUAUAAAAAAUGAAAAAUUAUGUCAAACUUAUAUUCAUUUAUGUCAAAAGUUUUAUGAACAAACAAGUGUAUAUUAUAAAAUCAAAACAAUCCUUAACGAGGUAAUUAAACACACAAAAGACAAUUAUGCACUAGAAGGGGAAUAUGAUAUAUCAAAAUUAUUUAGUUUAGAAAACUCUAUAAGCCAAGUAUCACAGCAUUCUGACCAUAUGCUUACCAAUGAAUCGUUAAUUUAUGACAUGAAUAAAUCAAACUACAUUAAAUACAACCAACUAAUUCAUGAAGUAAUACCUGAAGACGGAAAUAUAGAAGAACAAGUUAAAAAAGGCAAUGGACGAUAUAUAGUUGUUGUUAAAAAUUUGAAGAAAGCUAUAGGAAAUUCUGAAAAUUAUGACAAUAUUAUGAAUAUAAUAAAAAAAUAUCUUAUUAAUGUCACUAAGAAUAAUAAAGAAAUAUUGGAUAUGGUUAUGGAAUUAGGAAAUGAAGACAUCGAACAGUUUAUGACACAGUUGGUCUUUUUCAUUCACUACGGAUUCUUGUUAAUAACAGAAGACAAGCACAUGAUAUAUUUAUCUGAUAUGAUACCUACAUACACAAACUUGUAUAGAGCAAAUGAAGUACUUCUAUUACACAUUAUGGACAUAAAAUUUGAAUCAGAUGAUUUCAAUAAAUAUGAAAAAUAUAAAUUUGAAACUUCUGACAAUGAUAAAGAAACAUAUUCUUUAUUAAAUGAAAUUGAUAGUAUUACACAAUUACCAAAAUUAUCAGAAAAUGUAGCAAAUGAUUAUUUUUCUAAAAUAAUGGAUAAGGAUGCUUAUACAAUGCUCACACUAGACAAAGGCAUUAAUAAAUAUCAAUUUUAUUUUACUAUGGCCUUUAAGGAUUGCAACAUAAAUCAAAAUUAUACACCCCUUGCAAAAGAUUUAUGGACCGAACUUAUCUAUACAUUUGAUAAUUUUGGAUGGUUUUACUUCAAUCCAAAUAAGAUAAUGUCGAGUAUUUCAAAAUCGAACUUUAUUAGACACGUAUUAGUGUCAAGAAAUUUCAUUUUGAAGAACAUGGAAUCUUUGAUAUAUUUGGAUACACAAAUUUCAAGAUUAAUGGAUAUGAUAGGUUUAUCUUUCUUAGCUGAUAAAUCAGAAUAUAUUUUAGAUUUAUCAUUAUCGAAUUAUUUAUUUUUAUAUGUAAAUGAGUAUCAUAUAUUUAAGAAAGAUGAAAAUGUAAAAUUGAUACAUACAUAUGAUUAUAUAGAUUCCAUAGCAAAUAACUAUUAUUAUUUUUCCGAAAAGAAAUAUCCAGUUUUUAAAACAGAUUAUAGUAGCAAAUUAUAUACAAACUUUCCAAAUGUAUACAGUUUAGCUUAUCAGCUAUUUAAUGAGCUAGCUAUUAAUAUGAACAUUUCAAAUACGCCACUAAAGAAAAAAUUAAAGAAUAAAUCGAACUAUGCUUAUUUUACUAUAUUGAAUUUGAUUGGUCCAAACCACGAUAUUUAUUCAAGAGGCCCCCGUUUGAUAUUUGCUGCAUACAUGCUAACAUUAGUGUUUUUUAUCGAAUCCCAAAUUGACAUAUCGAGAUAUCGACCAAACGACAUGUAUUUCAUGAAAAAAGCAAUGCCUUUAUUAGCACCCAUAAAUCGUGACGAUUUUAACAUAUUGAAAAAAAGAUGUUCGUUAUUAACUGAUUUUAUUAAAAUAAAUAGAAAUAAAGCAAAAAAUGAACAUUCACGUGUAGAAGAAUAUAUAAAAAUUCUUAAUUUAGUUACAAUUCUUUUAUGGGGUAAAGAAAGUAAUAAGUCAUUAUAUUAUGACAACGAUGUAUCCUUAUACAAGAAAUUGUUGAUUGCAUGUGUGUUCAAUGGAGGUAUAACCGUUCAAGAAAAAGUCAUAAAAAGUAUUAAAAGAUCUUGUAAUAUGGAGCAAUAUGGAUUAAAUAAAUCAAACAUUGAAGAUUUCGUAAAUGUGAAUUUAAGCGUCUAUCAAUGGAAUCCAGAUAUUUUAGAAAAAAUCGCUACAGCAUUUACAUUAACUUGUAAAGUACAUAAUAUGAUAUAUGAACCUUUUGAUGUUCAUAAAGUCGAUGCAAAGGAUUAUUAUAAAUUAGCAGUUGCUCCAGAUAUGGUAAAAACAUAUCAUUGUUUCUUAUUGGGAAGACAAGCAGAAAGAUUGUUAGAAUCAUUAAUAUUGAAAAAGAAUUUUGUUAAAUUUAAAGUUGAAGAUGCAAUAGAUGUUUAUGAAUUUUUCUAUGUUACAAGAAUUUUAUCAAAAAAUCCACGAGAAGAUUUUGAAUUAUUUUUAAAAAAUAAAAAAGAAUAUCAAAAAAAACAAAAAGAUGAAAUUAUCAAAAAUAGUAAAUUAGAUGAAAAUGUUACAGAUAUCUUAUUUCAAAAUUACGAAUGUUAUUGGUUCAAAUCUUAUGAAAAUUUUAAAUCAUUAUGGAUGCAUGCAGCAAGUAACUUGGGUCCAGGGGCUUACUUGAGGAAUUUCUUCUCCGAAAUAUGGAACAACAUGGGAACUUUAUUCAAAAAACAAUCUAAAGUUAGGGAUGUUGAAUACUUUAACAUUAACCUUAUUGGUGGAACCUUAAUUGAUUACUAUUCCCCAUUAUUAAAAUCCGAAGAACAUUGCCGAAAUGUAACUCAAAAAUUAUUCAUUUCGAUGAAAGAUAGUGGAACCAAAAGUCGUAUAGAAAUUCCUGAUGAAAUUAAAUCAAAAUAUUUUCAAUGUAAAUUAGAUUAUUAUAAAAAUAACCACUCUGAUCCAGUUCAUAAAAUAUAUUCCCGUGAUUUUUUGGAAAAUAAAGUUUACGUAUUUAAACAGCCAUAUUAUUUAUUAAGCAAUAUAGAUGAUAAAAAUAAAAAACAAUUGUUAAGAUUAUUUAUAACUGAAACAACUUUACAAUAUUUAUUACUUGAUGAUAUUCAAAUACCUGAAUGUCUUGGCAGAUGUACAAUAGAGCAUUUUAAUAAAGUUUUAUUAACAACAGCAAAUGCAAAACCUCAUGAAACUAUAAUUUAUAAUGGAUUAAUACCUGAAAAUUGUAAAUCUAAAAUAAGAAAAGAAAUGAAAAUAUUUAUACAUUCAUCUUUUGUACAUAAUUUAACUAGGGACUAUUUAACUGGAGAAUUAAUAAGAACACAAGAUAUUCAAAAUGGAGAUGUUCAUGUAUGUAUGGGUUCAGAUACAUACUAUACUGAAAACAUUUUAACUGAUCAGCAUUUCGAUUUAACUCACAAACCACAAUUUAAUUUCCCAGAAAAUAACAAUUACAGAGUUUUUUUAAAAAAAAACAUUAAUAAAAUUGCAAAAAAUCCAGAAAGUCAAUGUUAUGUCCAUUAUGAACUUUCUGUUUUGGAUACUGAUAUUCCUGAUCCAUACCGUGAAAUCGGUAAAGAUUUGAUUACGAACAUAGAGCUUUUAGAGAGCAAAUAA